AUGGAGGGCCAGGUUCCAUCCACAGGAAGCUCUAGCAGUAUCCGAGUCGCGCCCGUGAAAGUGCUUGCCCUCGGGCCCCCAAGAACAGGAUCAAACUCCAUACAAACAGCUCUGGGUCAAUUGGGAUAUCAGGGGACAUACCAUUUCCCAUCCUCAGUCCAUGCCCGACCACAAGACACGCAAAUAUGGUUGGAUGCAUUUAACGCCGUGUUUGAAGGGAAGGGAAAUUUUGAAAAGGCGGACUGUGAUCGCUUAUUUGCAGAUUGCCAGGCGAGUAGAAAAUUUGCCCUGCUUUCCCCCGGCCAGAUACCGAGCUGA